AUGACCAUCUCACUACCACAAACUCCAAACAUGUUGUUGCCACAAAAAACAUCAGAUCCAGAACAAGUGGUUGAUCUCAUAACGGAAGAAGAAAAACGAAAAUAUAGAGCCGGUAUAAUUUUGUUGAUAAUAUCAAUCGGAGCAUGGAUUGUUGGAUUGGAGUUGGUUAAUGGUGUUCUAAAAAGUAACGAAUACAGAAAACCAAUCUUCUUUGCUGUUAUCACGGGCUCUUGCUUCUCGUUGAAUCUAGUGUACGAUGUGUUCAAGUUAUUCAAAGGCAAACUGUCAAAAGUGCAUGAGCUUGAGCCAUUGUUGAAUACAGACAAAUGUAACGACCAUGAAAACACGACCCUAUCGCUGAAAGAGGUACUUCUCAUUUCCAUUCAAAUUGCCACGAUCUACUUAUUUUACAAUAUCUUUGCGAUGGAGGCAUUAAGAUUUACCUCGGCAUCGAACCAAACUGUCAUUGGUUCCUUGACGUCUAUGUUCACCUUACUCAUUGGAGUUAUCAUUGGAACAGAAAGGUUUUCAAACAUAAAGGUCAUAUGUGUUGUUGUAAGCUGCUGUGGUGUAUUCUUGGUCAAUUUGAGUUCAGUGGGUGAUUCCAACGGUGAUCACAAGUACACACCAAAAAACCCAAAGCUUGGAAACGUAUUGGCUUUAGGUGGAGCUUUGUUUUAUGCGUUCUACUUGUUGAUAACGAAGUUUAAAUGUGGUGGCUCCAAGACAACGAACGAAAGAAGGUUAUUUGGUUUCGUGGGGGUGAUCAUCCUUGUGAUGGGGGCUCCAAUAUUGUACAUUGUGGACGCACUUGGGUGGGAAAAGUUUGAGUUUCCACCCAACAACACCAUAUUGGUAAUAGUUGUUGCUAACGGUAUCCUCACGGUUGUAUCAGACUAUACGUCAAUUUUGGCUAUGUUGUUGACAAGCCCAUUGGUUGUAUCCUUGACGCUAACGAGCUCCAUACCAAUUACAAUUCUAAUUGACUGUGUUGUGUUGAUGUACUCAAAUGAACCUAUCAAUACUAGCUCUGUCUACUUCUUGGGGAUAUCGUGUAUUUUCGUUGCAGUACUUCUCAUAAAUGUCAAUGUUGCUUCUGAAAAUACAUUGAUUGAAGAGGUGAUUGAGAACAAUUUAGCGUCGGCUAUUCAAAAUGACGAGCUCAUGUCUCCAAUUUUAUCCCCACUUCUUGGUGGCUCCGUAUCUCAUCAGCAUGUGAAAUCACCAUUACAAAUGAUAUUCAGCCCUGAGAUGACAGAUUACGAUUAUACUAUUCCAACAGUAGUAACAGCAUUCAAUCUAAAUGCGAAUGACGAAAGUCCACCUACUAGGAAUUUGAACCAUCAUCCAUCAUUCUACACCUCGGAAACAAAUGCACCAACUCUACUCGUAUCUGGGGGUAAAAAUCACAACUACGAUAUUCACCUUGAAUAA